AGCGCGGCGCAUUCAGCUAGCGACGAUGACGGGACGCGGUAAAGGAGGGAAAGGCCUGGGGAAGGGGGGAGCUAAACGCCACCGGAAAGUACUCCGAGACAACAUCCAGGGGAUCACGAAGCCCGCGAUCAGGAGACUGGCGAGGCGAGGCGGCGUAAAGCGGAUCUCCGGGCUCAUCUACGAGGAGACUCGCGGGGUUCUGAAGGUUUUCCUGGAGAACGUCAUCCGGGACGCCGUGACGUACACGGAGCACGCGAAACGGAAGACCGUGACGGCGAUGGACGUGGUCUACGCGCUGAAGAGACAAGGCCGCACUUUGUACGGCUUCGGAGGAUAAUUACAUAAUAUACUAUAACUAUUACACUAUUUAUUGAUUACUAGCUAUUGACAAAGGUCCUUUUCAGGACCGCAA